UAUUUUGGACCACCCUAAUGUACAAUCAUGUGAUAAAAGUGAAACCUUCUGCUUUUGAGAAGCGUUAUGCAAUAAUGCGUGCGUUUACAUAGUUUGUACAAACAUACAAACGUUGCAUAUGUACAUACUUACAUAUUAUUAUUCUGUUUUUCCACAGGCCCCAGAUCAUCUUAAAUUCAAUCCUUACAUUCGUCGAGGCUAUCGCACAUUCCUCUCCACAAAAUUAUGCCUGCAAAGCAUCUUCUGGUGGACCAAUGAAACUAUAAACAUUUGGAGUCACCUCUUUGGCUGUCUACUGUUUAUCGGCUUAACCAUAGUGGAUUUCCAAUUUCUAAAACUACACGCAGAUGUCAGCGAUCAAGUUUUGGUUGUUUGCUUGCUGGUCUGCUUCUGUCUUUGCAUGCUGCUCUCAUCCAUUUAUCAUAUUUUCUCCUGCAAAUCGGAAGAACAUUAUGAUUUCUUUUUAUCGGUGGACUUUCUGGGCAUUUCACUGUCGCUGGUGGCGAUCUAUAUAAGCGGGAUGUACUAUGCGUUUUGGUGUUUUCAGGUGAGAUAAACACAUCGGCGUAGCCAGAAUGAAAUUUAGG